AUAUUAUGAUUUCAAAUUUUCCCGCGUUUUCAGAAUGCAGGGUAGAUCAAGAUGUAAAAGUAACUGACAAGUGGCCGAAAUUUUUAGCGAGAGAGUAAAGUUGACGAAAACAUUAAAAGAGAGAAACGUGAAAAAAAUUAUUUCAAAGUUUUAUCUUUAAUAUCAAUCAAACAGGAGUAAAAAUUAGCUUAAAACAUGUCCGAACAAGAGGAGUCAAAUGACCAACUGGAGGCUCAAGACACAAAUGACAAUUCGAAUGAAUCGUCGGCUCAAAGCUCAAACAAGGAAACAGAUAUUGAAAGCAAUCGAAGCAAAAGGUUUGAUUUCUUGUUAAAGCAGACGGAGAUUUUCUCCCAUUUUAUGCCAGGUUCAUCAAAAAUAACUCCGGAAAAAAAGAAAAAACCUGGACGCAAGAAGGAAGAAGAAUCGGAAGUGAAACAAGAUCCAAAUCUCGACCCGGCAGAUCAUCGACAUCGUAAAACGGAACAAGAGGAAGAUGAAGAAUUGUUGGCGGAAACAGCAAAAGCAAAAGCAAUUUUCCGUUUCGAAGCAUCACCACAUUACAUUACAGGUGGAGAAAUGCGUGAUUAUCAAGUUCGAGGACUCAACUGGAUGAUAUCACUUAAUGAAAACGGAAUUAAUGGAAUCUUAGCCGAUGAAAUGGGUCUUGGAAAGACUUUACAGACAAUCUCAUUGUUGGGAUAUCUGAAGCACUUUAAAAACGCUGCUGGCCCACAUAUCGUCAUCGUUCCUAAAUCAACACUUCAGAAUUGGGUCAAUGAAUUCGUUCGUUGGUGUCCAUCACUGAAAGCUGUUUGCUUAAUUGGAGAUCAAGAGACAAGAAAUGCAUUCAUUCGUGAUGUUAUGAUGCCAGGCGAUUGGGAUGUUUGUGUAACGUCUUAUGAAAUGUGCAUUCGUGAGAAAAGCGUUUUUAAGAAGUUUAAUUGGCGAUAUUUGGUGAUCGAUGAAGCUCAUCGUAUAAAGAAUGAAAAAUCAAAACUUUCGGAAAUUUUACGUGAAUUCAAGACACAAAAUCGCUUACUUUUAACGGGAACUCCACUACAAAACAAUCUCCAUGAAUUGUGGGCUUUACUGAAUUUCUUACUUCCCGAUGUUUUCAACAAUUCCGAUGAUUUCGAUUCCUGGUUCAACACCAAUCAAUGUUUGGGAAAUAAUCAAAUGAUUGAACGUUUACAUGCCGUUCUUAAACCUUUCCUCUUACGUCGAUUAAAAUCUGAAGUCGAGAAACGAUUAUUGCCCAAGAAAGAAAUGAAAGUUUAUGUCGGAUUGUCAAAAAUGCAACGAGAUUGGUACACAAAAAUAUUGUUGAAAGAUAUUGACGUCGUGAAUGGAGCUGGUAAAGUUGAAAAGAUGAGAUUGCAGAAUAUUUUAAUGCAACUACGUAAAUGCACUAAUCAUCCUUACUUGUUUGAUGGAGCUGAGCCUGGUCCACCUUACACAACUGAUCAACAUUUGGUCGACAACUGUGGAAAGUUGACAUUGCUGGACAAACUUUUGCCACGAUUGCAAGUUGAAGGCUCGCGCGUUCUCAUCUUUUCUCAAAUGACACGAAUGCUUGACAUCCUUGAAGAUUACUGUUGCUGGCGAGCUUACAGAUAUUGUCGUCUUGAUGGUCAAACACCGCAUGAAGAUCGUACAAAUAUGAUCGCCGAUUUCAACGCUGAUAACUCUCAAAAGUUCAUUUUCAUGUUGUCAACAAGAGCUGGUGGUCUGGGAAUAAAUCUUGCAACAGCUGAUGUUGUCAUCAUCUACGACAGUGAUUGGAAUCCACAAAUGGAUUUGCAAGCAAUGGACCGAGCUCAUCGUAUCGGUCAAAAGAAACAAGUUCGAGUGUUUAGAUUUGUAACUGAAAACACUGUCGAUGAGAAGAUUGUUGAACGAGCUGAAGUUAAGUUACGAUUAGAUAAGCUCGUCAUUCAACAAGGACGUUUAAUGGACAAUAAAUCAGCUCAAUUGAACAAAGAUGAAAUGCUCAACAUUAUUCGGUUCGGAGCUAAUCACGUUUUUCAAACAAAAGAUUCAGAAUUGACUGAUGAAGACAUCGACGCAAUUCUCAUGAAAGGCGAAGAGAAAACAAAGGAAGAACAGAAAAAAUUGGAUUCACUUGGUGAAAGUACAUUGCGAACAUUCACUUUGGACACUGAACAGCCGCAAUCAUCGUUAUAUCAGUUUGAGGGUGAAGAUUAUCGUGAGAAGCAGAAACUUCAAGCUUUGGGCUCGUGGAUUGAACCACCGAAACGUGAACGUAAAGCUAAUUAUGCUGUUGAUGCUUACUUCAAAGAAGCACUUCGUGUUGCUGAACCAAAAGCACCGAAAGCUCCACGACCAGCUAAGCAACCAAUUGUACAAGAUUUCCAAUUCUUUCCACCACGUUUGUUUGAGUUACUUGAUCAGGAGAUUUACUGGCAUCGUAAAUGUAUUGGAUGGAAAGCUCCAAAGAAUCCCGAUCUGGGUUCAGAAGCCAACAAAGCUCAACGUGAAGAACAGAGAAAAAUUGAUGAAGCUGAGCAUUUAACUGACGAAGAGAUUAGCGAGAAGGAAGCACUUUUAACGCAGGGAUUUACCGCAUGGAGUAAACGUGACUUUAAUCAAUUUAUCAAGGCAAAUGAGAAGUUUGGCCGUGAUGACAUUGAAAGUAUUGCAAAGGAAGUUGAAGGGAAAACGCCUGAUGAAGUUAUGGAAUAUAGCUCAGUAUUUUGGGAGCGUUGUCAUGAAUUGCAAGACAUUGAACGAAUCAUGGCACAAAUUGAACGUGGCGAAGCAAAAAUUCAACGUCGAGCUUCGAUUAAGAAAGCUUUGGAUGGGAAAAUGGCUCGCUAUCGUGCGCCAUUCCAUCAACUUCGUAUUUCUUAUGGGAAUAAUAAGGGGAAGAAUUAUAUCGAAGAAGAAGAUCGCUUCCUGGUUUGCAUGCUACAUAAACUUGGAUUUGAUAAAGAGAAUGUUUAUGAAGAACUUCGUGCAGCUAUUCGUUCAGCGCCACAAUUUCGCUUUGAUUGGUUUUUGAAGUCGCGAACUGCUUUGGAGUUGCAACGUCGUUGCAACACUCUGAUAACGUUGAUUGAACGAGAGAAUCAAGAAAUUGAAGAAAAGGAGAAACAAGACAAGAAGAAAAAGCCUGGAAAUGCAUCGACAUCGAAAGGACAGAAACGUAAAGGUGAAGCAGGAUCAACUACAGCUGGAUCAUCGAAAAAGAAACGUAGAGUUUAA